ACUAGCAGAUCACCGAGCGCGCGAUAAAAUUUCUCAGUCACAACUAAUCUAUACAAAAAAACAUGGAGCUCCUCUGUUUGUACAUACCGCUUUUUCUUUUCCUCCUGAGUGAACUCGAGUUUAGCCUGGCUGAUAAAGGAGCACGAUGGCAGAAAUAUCUCACUCAUAUUUCUGAAGCCACCAAAAACUAUCAGCCAUGCAGCCAGGAGAACUGCAGCUGCCACAUCAGCGUCCUGAAGCAGGACCUGAAGCCGUUCAGCAACGGAAUCACGAAGGAGCUCAUGAUGGACACAGUGCGGCGUGGUGUGGGCACACAUUACCAAAUCAUCAACCACAAACUAUACAGAGAACCGGAGUGUAUGUUUCCAGCAAGGUGCAGUGGAGUCGAGCAUUUUAUCCUAAAAGUGAUUGACAGGUUGCCUAAUAUGGAGAUGAUAAUCAACGUGCGUGACUAUCCUCAGGUGCCAUCGUGGGUUCAGCCUGUCCUCCCCGUUCUCUCCUUUAGCAAGACGCCAGAUUAUCGGGACAUCAUGUAUCCUGCUUGGACGUUUUGGGAAGGAGGACCUGCAGUUUGGCCCAUUUACCCCACUGGACUGGGUCGCUGGGACCUGAUGAGAGAAGACCUGAAAAAAUCAGCAGCUCGAUGGCCGUGGAAAAAGAAAAGCCCCAAAGGUUUCUUCAGAGGCUCCAGGACCAGUCCAGAGAGAGACCCAUUAAUUCUGCUCUCCAGAGAGGAUCCGAGUCUGGUGGAUGCUGAGUACACUAAGAAUCAGGCGUGGAAAUCUGAAAAGGACACUCUGGGCAGACCCCCAGCCAAGGAAGUUCCCCUAGUUGACCACUGUGAAUACAAGUACCUCUUUAAUUUCCGAGGCGUAGCAGCCAGCUUUCGCUUCAAGCACCUGUUUCUUUGUGGCUCGCUGGUCUUCCAUGUAGGAGAGGAGUGGCUGGAGUUUUUCUAUCCUCAGCUCAAGCCCUGGGUUCAUUACAUCCCAGUGAAACAGGAUCUCUCUGACCUCAGGGACCUGCUGCAUUUCGUCAAGGAAAACGACAAAGUGGCAGAGGCCAUUGCACUAAGGGGCCAGAAGUUUAUCGAAGAUCACCUCCGUAUGGAGGACGUGUCCUGCUACUGGGAGACACUCCUCACUGACUACAGCAAGCUGCUCGAUUACAAACCCAAACGCAAAUCCAGCUACAACCAGAUCACCCGCAAACCUGACAGGUCUGAACUUUGACCUGCAGACGCACAUGAUUGUCCAGUGUCCAGAAAACGAGUUAACUGUAGUUUCUCCUCAACUUUGGCACUUGUUUCAAAACAGAUCAGGCAUGUAGAAUGGGGUAAAUAAUAACUAGAAAUCUGGCUUAAUUGUACAACAUUAGUUGAGAAGUGAGGCUGUAGAUUAGAUAAUCAGUUCAGUCGAUUCAGGGUUGAACAUUCAAACAUCUCUCAGUGCUUUAGGUGGUGCUAGUAUGUAGUAAAGGCAGCUCUAAUUAUUCUGUGCACCUGCAUCUUUAACAUGCUGUGUAGUGCUCUUUUCUCUACGAUGUCUCAUCCUGCACUGGCAAUACAAUUCAUUUUAUCAGUGGAGCUUAAAAUAGUUUCCAGCACUAACACAUGCUGAACUAUCAAAUGAAAUUAGUACAGGAUGGAAAAGACUUUUAUGCAUCAUAAACAGCACAUUCAGAAUGUGAAAUAAUGUGAAAUAAUCGAUGGUAUAGUUUAGAAAAUUCUAGUUUUACUGCAGACAUCUGAAAAUGUCAGCAGCAGUGUGAGACCAAAUUUCAACAAAGUUAAUUUAGUUAAGUAGUCGAAACAAAUUAGAGAAGAGUGUGUUUUCUUAAAUCUUGUCGUAAUAAUGAUUAAUUUUUAAGUAGAGUGACUUCACAAAUGGCAUGUCAAUCAUUCUGACUUGUCCUGUAAUAUUCAGUAAUUAUUUUUCAUACAUUUUGGACAUGAAGUAUAUUCACAUAUAGUGUCUCAUUACUUGCCUAGUGACCUAAAAUAGCUGUCAUAGAAAUGCUCUUAUUCAGAAUAUUAUCACUUCAAUCACAUUCUUCUUUUUCCACCCCCAGUGAAGACAGAUUUGGGAGGCAGUACAUACUGCCCCCUUCUGGGUGAUAACUAAAAAAGGCAGACACACACACACACACACACACACACACAUAUGCAUCCAGUGUUAAAUAUAUUUCCCUGCUCAAACACUCAGUUCAUGAGCAGGUUUAGAUGUGUUAGCACAGGAAUAUUAUAAGCUGGUCUUAAAACCUUAAUCAUCCCAUCUUAGCCAAAAUCGCUCCUUGUUGUAUGUAUCAGUAUAAACACCAACACAUCGAGCUCACAUGGGUAGUAAGGCUGCCAUAAGUAAUAGUGACUCACUUAGGACCUAUAAGUAAAUAAAGUAUCUGCAAUCAACAUGAAAGUGCCACUGUUAUCUGAAUGUGAACAUUAUUUUGCCAUUCAUGACAUCCUGAAAAUCAUAUGUAUGUUUUUUUUUUCAUUUAGAUGGUAUGAUAUAGAGCCACAUUGGCACUACAGUGUUGAAUAUGUUCUAGUAUUCUCCAAGUACAUCAGCAAUAUAUGUUCAAGUCAAGUGGGUUUACAUUGUGCUCCAUGUUGUUCAUUAUCCAACUGACUGUAAAUGAUGAAAAGAAACAGGAUAUGCAGUUACCUCGUAAUGUGUGGGUUUUUUACAGUCUACUGUUUUACAUUGUACGUUCAUUCAUUUGCUUUUGAGACCAAAUAAAUGAUAUUUUUCAAGA